AUGGCAUCCGAACAAGUGCCCCUCUACGACUGCCUUAUCAUUGGAGGGGGCAUUGCAGGCCUCUCGGCAGCCCUGAGCCUGGUACGCACACUUCAUUCCGCAGUGGUCUUUGACGAAGGACUCCAUCGCAAUGAUGACUCGCCGCAUCUAGCUACCAUACCUACUUGGGACAGUCAUGAACCAAAGACAUUUCGCGAGGAAGCAAAGCUCAACAUCCUCACCAAGUACAGCACGGUCGAGUUCGCCGAUGUGAAGCUGGAGAAAAUAAUUCAGAUAGCCGACGGAGAAAAUGCGGGACGGUUCUGUGUCCUUGACGAGCAUAACCGCCGCUGGCUUGGGAGAAAGGUGAUUCUGGCGAUGGGGGUUGAGGAUAUCCUCCCCGACAUCCCUGGUUUCAAAGAGUGCUGGUCCCAUGGAAUUUUUCACUGCCUCGUUCAUCGCGGCUAUGAACAGCGAGGUUGUGCCUCGGCGGGCGUCCUUGCCAUUGACGGCGACGCCAACUUCCAUGCGGCGCGGCAUCUGGCUUUUCAGGCUCGCAAUCUGUCCUCCACGGUCACUGUCUAUACAAACGGCAACACCGAGCUAGCCAACGAGGUAGAAUCACAACUCGGACCUUGUGGCUUCAAGGCCGACGCCCGGUGCAUCGUGAAGUUUGUCCAGCAACCGCAACAAGCACAGUUGGAUAUUCACUUCGACAACGGUAAUUCCGAAGUAGCAGGCUUCCUGGUUCACCGUCCCCGAACACGAAUUCGGGGAUCUUUUGCACAGCAGCUAGAUGUCGAAAUGACGCCCGAAGGUCACAUUAAGCCCCAGUUUCCCUUCAACGAGACGUCGGUGGCAGGAGCGUUUGUGGCAGGUGAUGCGGGAUCUCCGUUCAAGAUCGGCACACAAGCCAUUUCCAUGGGAGCUUUUGCAGCAGGCGGGGUGCAGAUGCAGGUAAAUGCAGAGAAAUGGUCGAAAUCAGUCAGUGCUGCGGAUGAGCAGUAG